AUGUGGAUCGACGAUUGGAACCACAUCCACAGCCAAAUCGUCAACAGUAGCAGUAGCAACCAGUUCCACUGCCGGUUCUUUAGUAUAUAUAGUGUGCGGCGCCAGCAGCCUGCAGCCACCGCCUCCAGAAUGCAGCGCCUCGCCCUCUUGUUCGUGUGUCUGCUCGGCUCUGCCGCGGCCUUGCCGGCCCGCACCAGGCUCUGGAGCAGGGGCAACAGCCGCAUCAUCGGAGGAAGCAACGCCAACAUCGCCAACUACCCGUGGCAGCUGUCCUUCCAGUAUGGCGGUUCGCACAUCUGCGGAGCCUCCAUCAUCAGCUCCACGUGGGCGCUGACGGCCGCUCACUGUGUGGACGGUAUGAGCCUCCUUCUGAUGACUUUCAGAGCCGGAUCGUCUAUCCGCGGAAGCGGUGGCACCGUCCUGAGGGCCUCCUCUGGCUACAUGCACGCAUCGUACGACAGCGACACGGUGGACUACGACGUUGCCGUCGUUCAGGUGUCUGGAUCCCUGCUCGGUACGAACGCCCAGGCCGUCAGCCUCCCGUCCGACGGCUACGACCCCGCCGGAGGCCUGGCCGUGACCGUCACUGGCUGGGGAUCCACGUACACGAACGGCCCGGCCCCGAGCAACCUGCAGAAGCUGGACAUCAGCAUCGUGGCGCGCUCCACCUGCCAGAGCAUCUUCGCCAACGUGAACACCGUGACGGCCCGCAUGGUGUGCGCCGGCAGCGCGGGCCAGAGCGUGUGCAGCGGAGACUCGGGCGGCCCCCUGGUCAGCGGCAGCACGCAGGUGGGCAUCGUCUCCUGGGGGGUCAGCCCCUGCGAGGCCAGCCCCGGCGUCUACGCCAACGUUGAUUCCCUCCAAAAAUUGAGUAUUGACAGAAAGUUCCUCAAAGGCUACAGAAGCAGUAGCAGUAGCAACACCUACCUCACCGACAGUAUCGGGGGAAAUGUGAAGAGGAUCUUCCAGUGCCGUGCACAAUUUGUCUCCAAGUUCUACGACACCACUACGAAUAGAACUGCUCUUAAUCCUGACAACAUAUUCGAGGCGAUCCCUUUUGAGGUUGCUGGAGUUGCUGUUGCUAUAGCUGCAACAGUUGAAACAACUGCUGUUGAGCCAGUUGUUGCUGGUGAAACUGCAGUUGAUGAUGGUGGUGCAGAAGCUGCUGUGCGGGGCAAUGCUGUAGCUCCUGCUAUUGAUGGUGUAGGAGAAGCUGUGUUUCCUGGAGUUGUAAUUCACUUUGCUGGAUCUCACCGUGGUUGUCGGACAUCGGCAGCAACGGAGCGUCUUAUAUAUAGUGUGCGGCGCCAGCAGCCUGCAGCCACGGCCUCCAGAAUGCAGCGCCUCGCCCUCUUGUUCGUGUGUCUGCUCGGCUCUGCCGUAGCCUUGCCGGCCCGCACCAGGCUCUGGAGCAGGGGCAACAGCCGCAUCAUCGGAGGAAGCAACGCCAACAUCGCCAACUACCCGUGGCAGCUGUCCUUCCAGUAUGGCGGUUCGCACAUCUGCGGAGCCUCCAUCAUCAGCUCCACGUGGGCGCUGACGGCCGCUCACUGUGUGGACGGUAUGAGCCUCCUGCUGAUGACUUUCAGAGCCGGAUCGUCUAUUCGUGGAAGCGGUGGCACCGUCCUGAGGGCCUCCUCUGGCUACAUGCACGCAUCGUACGACAGCGACACGGUGGACUACGACAUUGCCGUCGUUCAGGUGUCUGGAUCCCUGCUCGGUACGAACGCCCAGGCCGUCAGCCUCCCAUCCGACGGCUACGACCCCGCCGGAGGCCUGGCCGUGACCGUCACUGGCUGGGGAUCCACGUACACGAACGGCCCGGCCCCGAGCAACCUGCAGAAGCUGGACAUCAGCAUCGUGGCGCGCUCCACCUGCCAGAGCAUCUUCGCCAACGUGAACACCGUGACGGCCCGCAUGGUGUGCGCCGGCAGCGCGGGCCAGAGCGUGUGCAGCGGAGACUCGGGCGGCCCCCUGGUCAGCGGCAGCACGCAGGUGGGCAUCGUCUCCUGGGGGGUCAGCCCCUGUGAGGCCAGCCCCGGCGUCUACGCCAACGUCGGAAACCUGCGCUCCUGGAUCCGCUCUGCAGCAGGUGUCUAA